AUGCUCGCCAGGCUCCCCGCGGGUGCCGCGAAGUCCGUCGCCGGCCUCUCGGCGCACGCUCUGCGCCUUCCAACGUUGCCCGCGGCCUUUCGGUGCCGUGUCCGCUUUGCUUCGACCUCCUCCGCCUCUGGCUCCGCGUUCGAGUCCUUUGUCAACUCCCGCGCGACCCUUGCCUCCGCGACCCUCUUGACUGUCGGUUCCGUCGCGUGGUAUGCCAACCUCUACGGCACCCUCCCCUUCAUUGGCGAGGUCCACGCAAGCAGCGGUCUCGCCGAGGAGGGUCUACACUCCACCCACUACCCCUGGUCCCACUCCGGUUGGUUCGACUCUUUCGACCAUGCCAGCAUCCGGAGAGGCUACCAGGUCUACCGCGAGGUCUGCGCCGCCUGCCACUCGCUCGACCGCAUCGCCUGGCGCAAUCUUGUCGGCGUCUCGCACUCCGUCGACGAGACGAAGGCGUUGGCUGAGGAGGUCGAGUACGAGGACGGUCCCAACGACCAGGGUGAGAUGUUCCAGCGCCCAGGGAAGCUCUCCGACUACAUGCCCGCUCCUUACCCAACGAGGAGGCCGCGCGUGCUGGCAACGGCGGCCCGUCACGGCGGCGCGGACUACAUCUUCUCGCUCCUCACUGGGUACAGGGACCCCCCUGCUGGCUUUGAGAUCCGUGAGGGCAUGAACUACAACCCCUACUUCCCCGGCAACGCCAUCUCCAUGGCUCGUGUCCUCUUCGACGGCCUCGUCGAGUACGACGACGGCACUCCUGCCACCACUUCGCAGAUGGCUAAGGACGUCGUGACGUUCCUCAACUGGGCAGCGGAGCCUGAGCACGACGAGCGGAAGAAGGCGGGUAUCAAGGCGGUCAUCCUCUUCUCGACCCUCACUGCUAUUUCGCUGUAUGUCAAGCGCUUCAAGUGGUCGGUGAUCAAGUCGAGGAAGAUUUCAUACAACCCUCCCUCGGGUCACUAA